AUGUUCGGAGCUAACAAAGUGGAAUGGACGUUGGAUGAAACCAAAAACCAAUUAAGUGCUCGAUUCACUCUCAAUAAUGCAGGAGGUUGGGGAGCUGUUGGAUUUAAAACACCCAGUGAUGGAAGUGAAAUGACAGGAGCAACCAUUGUCUUGGGAUAUGGAACGAGUGGAAACGGAACCAUAAAUGAAUACUAUGCCAGUGGAAACUUUCAACCCAGUAAACUCUCCGCGAAUCAAUUCACUUCAGCCACUUCCUUGACCACUGGUUCCACGACGACCAUCACAUUGGUGAGAGCAUUGAGUCGACCUCAAAAUGCUCCAAGUACUUAUUAUGCAUUCUCGAAGGGAACUAAAACCACUCUCUUGUUAGCGGCUCAAUCAAGUCAACAACCUUUGAGUCCCACCAAUUUUGUGGUUCAUGAUUUUCAUGCCAUUUAUCCGAGUGGAAUUGAUUUCUAUUCGAAUGGAAGUACAUGUGGAACACCAAAGAAGAGUAAUGAAGGUGGGCAGAGAAGUGGUGGUGUUGUGAGUGUGAUGAUGACAUCCGUCAUGAUUGGAUUAAUUGUUUCUUUCCUAUUCUAA